AUUUCUUUAUAAAAAAGAAUUCCACCAUUCCUCGAUUUCUCGAUUUGUAUAUGUCAUUCUUACGUACAGAUCAUGCUGAUCUCUUCUGUAUCGUAACACAUCAACCCUAUUUUCCUUUAUAAAUAACAAAAUACACAUCAAAAUCAUUGAUCUCUCUCUCUCAUUUCCCUCUCAUUCAACAAGAAUGGCCUUUCGAUUCAAGAACCAAAACCCUAAACCAUCUUCUAUAUACUCUAGUAGCCCUUUCAACCAAAUCGAAACCCCUCCUUUACUCUCAUUACUCCAACGUACCACGAAUCAUUCAACAACAACAACAACAGCAAUUAAUCCUUCUAACACCAACCCUAAAAAAUCAAGAAAAUCAUCUACUAGUACAAGUGGUGGCAUUCUUAAAAUGUUCAAACUCCUUCCUAUGUUAACAACAGGUUGCAAAAUGGUUGCAUUACUAGGUGGACGUCCAAGAAACAAACCAAUGUUAACAGAUAAAGCCACAACAAUCACAUUAUUUGGUUACAAAAAAGGUAGAGUAAGUCUAGCAAUACAAGAAGAUCCUCAUAGACCUCCUAUUUUCGUCAUCGAGCUACCGAUGCUUACCGGGGUUUUUCAUAAGGAAAUGGGAUCAGAUAUAGUAAGAUUGGCAUUAGAAAGUGAAACUAAAACACAAAAAAAGAAAGUGUUAGAGGAAUUUGUAUGGGGUGUGUAUUGUAAUGGAAGAAAAUUUGGUUAUUCAAUAAGAAGGAAUAACAAAAAUAUGAGUGAUGAUGAAGCACAUGUUAUGCAAUUAUUAAGAGGUGUUUCGAUGGGCGCAGGAGUUUUACCUUGUCCAAUAUUAUUACAUGAUAAUAAUAAUAACAAUAAUGUUGAUGGUGAAAUAACUUAUAUGAGGGCAAGAUUUGAUAGAGUUGUUGGAUCAAAAGAUUCAGAAGCAUUUUAUAUGAUUAAUCCUGAUGGUGCAUCUAGUCAAGAAUUGAGUAUUUUCUUUGUUAGACUUCAUUGAUCAAGACGUCUCGAGUUUGAGUACGUACUUCAGAAAAAUAACUUACGUCUGGUAUACAUAGUUGGACCCAUUGAUGACUUAUGUUGUCUAUGGGAACGUACGAGGAUGUCAGAAUUUCAUUUUCAAUGGGCGGUUUGGUUAUCCCCUUAAUGGUCCAGGACGAUCUUCACUUAAAUUCAGAGUUAGCUUUUGAAGUUAAGUUAUGUAAAUAUUUUUUUUUUUACAUAUCUUAUACGAGUCUAAAUUAAUCGAAAGUUGAGGUAAAAACAUAAAGGGAAAGGUAAAUAUUUUCCCUUCAUUUUAGUUUGACUUGUUAUAUGAAUUUUUUUGUGCAAUUUUUAUA